GGGUGCCGCGCACAUCCCCGCACAUGAGCCCCACGGCACAGCGGCAAACAGCGGCCUUUUCAACCUCCACCUAGCUUUCAUUGAAACCAUUCUGCCCUACUUUCUACUCAGCCCGUGUUGCGUUCAAGGCCUCAAGGAAUGCCCAGAGAGCUGACCCAGAACAGGAUCCAAAAGAUCUGGCUUCCUAGCAAGGAUGACAAGCCGGCUCCCCGGAGAGUGGCCGGCGCCCCUCACUUGGCCAACCCCCCCGCCGUCAUCGUGAUGGUCGGCCUGCCAGCUCGAGGAAAGACCUACAUAUCCAGGAAACUCACACGCUACCUCAACUGGAUCGGCACGCCCACUAAAGUGUUCAACGUGGGCGAGUACCGCAGGGAGGCGGUCAAGAACUACAGCUCCUACGACUUCUUCAAGUGCGAUAACGAAUGCGCUGUGAAGAUCCGGCAACAAUGUGCCUUGGCGGCCCUGAGGGACGUCAAGUCCUACCUGCAGGACGAAGGAGGACAAGUAGCGGUCUUCGACGCGACAAACACCACGAGGGAAAGGAGAGAGAUGAUCCUCCAGUUCGGCCGCGAGAAUGGCUUCAAGAUCUUUUUCAUCGAGUCCGUCUGCGACGACCCUGACGUGAUCGCAUCCAACAUCAUGGAAGUGAAGGUGUCCUGUCCGGACUACAAAGAUAGCAACAAGACCGAAGCCAUGCUGGACUUCCAAAGGAGAAUCGAAUGUUACAACGCAAGCUACCAACCUCUAGACCCUGACGGGCACGACAGAGAUCUGUCCUUCAUCAAGGUGAUAGACGUGGGUCGCCGCUUCUUGGUCAACCGCAUCCAGGACCACAUCCAGAGCAAGAUGGUGUACUACCUGAUGAACAUCCACGUCCAGCCGCGCACUAUCUACCUGUGUCGACACGGAGAGAGCACCGACAACCUGGAGGGGCGGCUCGGGGGCGACGCUGGCCUCUCGCCGAGGGGCAGACAGUUUUCUGCCGCCUUGGCUGGCUUUGUGGAGGAGCAGCAGCUGAAGAAGCUAAAGGUUUGGAGCAGCCAGCUGUGUCGCAGCAUCCAGACCGCCGAGCACUUGGGGCUCCCGUACGAGCAGUGGAAGGCCCUUAAUGAGAUCGAUGCGGGCGUGUGCGAGGAGAUGACCUACGAUGAAGUGAAGGAGAAAUUCCCUGAAGAGUUCGCCCUGAGGGAUGAAGAUAAAUACUACUACCGCUACCCGGCUGGAGAGUCCUACCAGGACGUGGUCCAGAGGGUGGAGCCUGUCAUCAUGGAGCUGGAGCGUCAGGAGAAUGUUCUUGUCAUCUGUCACCAAGCUGUCAUGCGCUGCCUGCUCGCUUACUUCCUGGAUAAAAGUGCAGAGGAGAUGCCCUACCUGAAGUGUCCUCUCCACACGGUGCUGAAGCUCACACCUGUGGCCUAUGGCUGCAAGGUGGAGUCCAUCUCCUUCAAAGUGGAGGCAGUCAACACCCAUAGAGAGAGACCACAGGAGGUGAAGAGGGGUCCGGGUACUUUGAUCCGGAGGAACAGCGUGACCCCGCUGACCAGCCCAGAGUCCAACAUUAAGAAACCUCGCAUAGACGACAUGGAUGAAGCUCCCAUUCAGGAGCUGCCUCACUCGCUGGCCUCGUUGGCACUUUGCAGCCCUACACACCUGACUGGCCAGGACCUGAGGAGACACUCCUGUGGUCGCCAUGACGUCCCUCAGACCUGCCAAUGAGGAGACACUCCUGUGGUCGCCAUAAUGUCCCUCAGACCUGCCAAUGAGGAGACACAGUUCAGUCAAAAGGAGGACGGGACAAAAAGACUUUGACAACAAAUGGACGACAUAUUAACUUGUCAUGACUUGUCGUCUGAGGAAUUCCAAAGAUAUCAUUCAACAAUCAUCACUGUCAUGCCUUCUUGUCAUUAGUUCUACUGUCAUUCAAUCAACAUGAUUGGAUUUCAUUAUUUUGCUGUGUGAGGGCGGAGUUCAAGUAAAAUGAUUUUGCACUUUCAGGAUGCGUUUUGACAUGUUUGAUGUCACACUGUCUAUGAUGUUUCAUGAAAGCUGGGCGCUGCCAAAGAGUGCCUGUAGAGCUUGUUUUGCAAGCCUAUUACUUUACAUAUUUAUUUGAUCACAUCAUAUUCCCACAUAUUUAUUUGAUGACAUCAUAUUCCCACAUAUUUAUUUGAUGACAUAUUCUCACAUAUUAUUUAUUUGAUCAGCUAACACCCACACAUCUCGUUCAGGAGCUAAUAAAGUAGCACUCAUAAGAACAUGUUCUUAAAAGAGUUAAGCUGUCAUGUUUGGCUACGAACAAAUGUACAAACUUCUAUUUUUGUCCUGCUAACAAGAAAAAUAUGAUAAGAAGUUGUAAAUAAGUUAACUUUCUACCAACAUGGAGGCCCAAGGAAGAAGAAAGAGACUUCUGGACUUGGUUGGAGUUAAGUUACUACUUGAAAUGUCUUUUUUGUAAACUGUUUUAUGAAAUAUUUGUUGUGUGGACCAAUAAACCUCUGGAAAAUA